AUGGGCGUCAGCAGCAGCGCGGUUUUGGGCGACGACGACGAGGUGUUCGUGCGGUCGGCAGCCGACUACCCUCGCGCCACAGUGGAGAAGGCAGCCGUGGCGCGGCUCAAGCUUGAGGCGUUCUACAAGGACCUGAUGGGGCAGUGCAUCGAGCGCAACCAGCGGCGCAAGGAGCUGGAGCAGCGGCUGGUGGCUGAAAGCGGGUCGUCGGAGGAGCGCAAGCAGCGACAGAUGCAGGGCCUGGGCGCCAAGGAGAGCGGGUUCAUGCGGCUGCGGCGCACCAAGCUCAGCGUCACGGACUUCCAGACGGUCAAGGUCAUCGGGCGCGGGGCAUUCGGCGAAGUGCGGCUGGUGCAGAAGCGCGACACUGGCAAGAUCUUCGCCAUGAAAAUCCUGCGCAAAAGCGAGAUGAUCAAGAAGGACCAGCUGGCGCACGUCCGCGCCGAGCGCGAUGUACUGGCGGAAUCCGACUCAAUGUGGGUGGUGCAGCUGUACUUUUCGUUCCAGGACGCGCGCAACCUGUACCUGAUCAUGGAGUUUCUGCCUGGUGGAGAUCUGAUGACGAUGCUGAUCAAGUACGAUAUUUUCCCCGAGGACGUCACGCGGUUCUACAUGGCCGAGUGCGUGCUGGCACUGGAGGACGUGCACCGGCUUGGGUUCAUCCACCGCGAUAUCAAGCCGGACAACAUUUUGAUUGACAAGGACGGCCACAUUAAGCUGUCGGACUUUGGGCUGUCGACCGGGUUCCACCGCCAGCACGACUCGUCGUACUACCAGAAGCUGCUCGAGAGCAUCCACAAGGAGCACCCGGCCGAGGGCAGCGGCGCCGCGGCAGACCCCCCUGCAGCAGCGGCGGCAGCGGCGGCGAUCCAGCUAACGCUGUCGAGCAAAGAAAAGCUGGCAACGUGGAAGCGCAACCGGCGGCAGCUGGCGUACUCGACGGUGGGCACUCCAGACUACAUUGCGCCCGAGAUCUUCCUGCAGCAGGGCUACGGCAAAGCAUGCGACUGGUGGUCGCUGGGCGCCAUCAUGUUUGAGUGCCUUGUCGGAUACCCGCCGUUCUGCAGCGACAACUCGCACGACACCUACCGUAAGAUCAUGCACUGGCGCGAGGCCCUGGUGUUCCCAGAUGACGUGCGGCUGUCGCCAGAAUCAAUCCACCUGAUCCGCUCGCUGCUCUGCGACCAGCAGAACCGGCUGGGCCGCAACGGCGCCUGGGAGCUGAAGCAGCAUCCGUUCUUUAGCGGCGUCGACUGGUCGUCGCUGCGCACGCGCACGCGGCCACCGUGGAUCCCGCCGCUGUCAUCGAUCACUGACACGUCGCACUUCCCCACCGACGAGAUCGACCAGAACACGUCGCCGUUCGACGCGCCCGCGGCGGCCGUGGCCGAGUCCGAGCCGCAGAAGGACCUGGCCUUUGUCGGAUACACGUACAAGCGCUUUGACAUGCUGACCCGCAAGAACGCGUUUUAG